AUGAAGCUGAAGAUCAACAAGGCGUGCGACCUCGCCUCCAUCUCCGUCCUCCCUCCCCGGAGGAACCGAGGGGGCGGCGGUGGCGGGGCCAGCGCGUCCGCGGCUGGCGCGGCCGCGUCGCAGCAGCAGCGGUCCCAGUCCAUGUCGCAGAAGUCCUUCUCGCAGGGCGGAGGCGGCUUGUCGCUCUUGCAUUCGCAGUCGCAGUCGCAGAUCUCCCAGGCCUCCCUCGACGAGAACCUCCUCAGCCCUCGUCAUCCCUCCCCCGCGCGCGAUCAGAGAUUCUCCUUGCAUGAUGACUCGUCGAAGAGGAUGUCUUCAUUUCCAGCCAAUUCAGCUUCUUCUGCGCGUGAUGAAUCUCAGCUGCAAAUGGCAAAAACUUCAAGCAAAGCUAUCCUUCGGUGGAACCCCUCUCUUCCAGAUAGCAAAUCAGGUCAGCUUAAUGAGGAUGUUGAGCGCAAAUUUCAGCAUGUUGCAAGUUCAGUGCAUAAGAUGGGAAUGGUAUUAGACUCUGUUCAAAAUGAUGUGAUGCAGUUAAACAGAGCCAUGAAAGAGGCGUCACUAGAUUCUGGUAGCAUACAGAAAAAGUUUGUGCUUGUAGAGACCUCUCUCCAGCAAAUUCUUAAGGGACAAGACGAACUCAAGGCACUCUUUGAAGGCAGCACAAAAAGCAAUCCUGACCAGAUGAGUGCUCUGAACUACCACACCAGCAAACUCGAUGAGAUGUCGUCGACACUUUUAGUCUUGAAGCAAGUGCAGGAAGAUUUGACGCAACUGAAGGGUGACAUCUUCAGAAUCUUUACAAAAGAGAUGGAGGGGAUUGUUAGAGCUAUCAGUUCUCUCAAUAGUAGGCCUGAUGCAAUGCAAGCACCGACACACCUGAGCUGCAACACCAACAGAAAAUCUCCGAUUAACCAACCAUCAGUAGAAAGCCCGCUGGUGAACCAGAGACCAGUAGCAGAUGGCAAACAGACACCGGUAGCAGAUGGAAGGCCACAGAGGAAACAAGCACCAGUAACAAAUGGAAGGCCACAGAGGAAACAAGCGCCAGUAGCAAAUGGAAGGCCACAGAAGAAACAAGCGCCAGUAGCAAAUGGAAGGCCACAGAGGAAACAAGCGCCAGUAGCAAAUGGAAGGCCACAGAGGAAUCAAGCGCCAGUAGCAAAUGGAAGGCCACAGAGGAAACAAGCGCCAGUAGCAACUGGAGAGUCGCAGAAGAAACGAGGAAGGGCACAGAACAAACAAGCGCCAGAAGCAAAUGUAAGGCCACAGAAGAAACAGACGCCAGUUGCAAAUGGAAGGCCACAGGUGCAACAAACAGCAGUAGCAAAUGGAAGGCCACAGGUUCAACAAACAGCAGUAGCAAAUGGAAGGCCCGAGAUGAACCAUGCACAGGGUGCAGGUUGGACCUUGAAGAUGAACCAUGCACAGCUUGCAUGUUGGACCUUGAAGAUGAACCAAGUGCUAGAAGCAAAUGGAAAGCCCAUGAUACCGGCAACAGAAGUGCUUGUUUGCAGGCUGGAGGCACCAAAACAGGAAGAGGUGCCGAUUCAGAUGGUCAAUCCGCAAGUGGCAACUAAGAAGAAAAUGCAGGCACCGCUGAGCGCAAUCAUCAACCUGGACGACGACGACGAUGAGGAGGAGGAGGGCGGCGACGGGAGCGCUUCGUGCGUCAUCCUGAAGACCGGGACAGGUGCUGCGGGUGAGCUGAUGUGGGAGGAAGCGAUGUGCGAGGACGCGAUGGAGAUCCUGCAGAGGGCGAGGAAGAGGCGGCGGAGGGAGGAAAACAAGGCCAUCGUGCUCGUUCAAGAGUAGCGGCAGACCGGCGGCGACGGCGAUCGACGGACAGUGUUUUAACAGAAAGUAGGAGACAUGCACACUUGCAC